CCCUCCGCGUGUGUAAGACCGGAACCGGAAACAACCCCUUCCCCCCCCCCCCUCCCUCCCUCCCUCUCUCUCUCUCUCUCGCUCUCGCUCCUGGCCGCCAUGGUCUACAAGCGAUACGUGGAGAUCGGCCGCGUGGCCUACAUCGCCUUCGGCCCUCAUGCUGGCAAACUGGUGGCCAUUGUGGAUGUUAUUGACCAGAACAGGGCAUUGGUGGAUGGCCCUUGCAGUGGAGUGCGGAGACAAGCAAUGCCAUUUAAAUGCAUGCAGCUCACUGAUUUCAAGAUUCAGAUACCCCACAGUGUUCGCCAUAAGUCUGUGAAAGCGGCUUGGGAAAAGGAGAAAAUCACCGAGAAAUGGCAAGCCACACACUGGGCAAAGAAAAUUGAAGCCCGUGCAAAGAGAGCUAAAAUGACAGACUUUGACCGCUACAAGGUCAUGAAGGCCAAGAAAAUGAGAAACAAAAUCAUCAAGCACGAGUUGUCAAAGCUGAAGAAGGAAGCCAGCAAGAAAGCAUAAAUGUUCAUUGUUUAAACAAAAAGAAUAAACUUGAUAUUGACAUUUUAAA